UGCUUAUUCGUGAAUUCAAGAAUCAACGUAGAAUAUCAUGGAGAUUCUUGAUGAAAUCUUUGGGAUCUCCCUUUCCAAACUGUGAGAUUUCCUAUGUGGAUUAUGCAUCUUCAUGACUAGGACCUGGCUCCCCAAUAAAAUGCCAAGUCCUCAUGAUUCAUCACCAUCACCACCAUCUUCAUCUUAAUCUCUUUCUCUUCUCUUCUUUUCCCAAUACUUUAUCUCUUUCAACAAAUUAUUAUGGGUAUGUCUGCUGCGGCACAGUUCCAUGUUUUGGCUGUUGAUGACAGCCUAAUUGAUAGAAUGUUGAUUGAGAGGCUCCUCAAAACCUCUUCAUUUCAUGUUACAACAGUGGACUCUGCCAUUAAGGCUUUACAAUACCUUGGUAUGGUUGAAGAUAAACUAAAGGGUUAUGAGACACCUGAAAUUCAUCAGAAUGCAGAAGUUAAUGUAAAUCUGAUCAUAACAGAUUACUGUAUGCCAGAAAUGACUGGCCAUGAUUUGCUAAGAAAAAUUAAGGAAUCAAAUUCUCUUAAAGACAUACCAGUUGUGAUCAUGUCCUCGGAGAAUGUUCCAUCAAGGAUCAAUAGAUGCUUGGAAGAUGGGGCUGAAGAAUUCUUUCUGAAACCAGUUCAACAAUCAGAUGUGAACAAGCUGAAACCCCAUUUAUUGAAAUCAAGAUCCAAGGAAGAAGAGGAAACCCAACCCAUCAACAAUAACAAGAGGAAACAAGAAUCAAGUGCACCGUUUAAUAAGAAUUCUUACAAAAUCAAAAUUUGAUAAUAUAUAUAUAUAUAUAGGGGCAGUGGUAGUUUCUUAAUUAGAACAUUUUCCUUUCAUCUACUGUUUUCAUAUAUGGCAUCCCAAUCAAACAAAAUGAAAUUAGCUGUUCAGGAAGUCCUGGAUGUAAAUACUAAAUAGAUUCAUUAGAGAGAAGAGAAUAUAAGAGUAUAUUUACAUUUAAUUUUGUGGUGAAA